UGUCUUGCUUUCAUAUAUAUUGUUUUCCCAAUGUUGAAAAUAUUGAAUAAUCUAAAACUUGUGAAAACCUUAUUAUAUGUAUUAAAAUCUUUUGAAAAGUCCAAAUAUUGUUUUGAUAACAAAAAACUCACGGUUUUAUAAGUUAACAAUAAAGUUUCUUAUUUUUUACAGUCAGUGCAAAAAAGAUAAUCAUUCUUGCAGUUUAUAAAUAAUCAUCGUUCCGGGUCUGCAUUUAUUAUGGGAAGCGCAGAUACAAUAUCAACUGUUAAAAAAUGUAUAAAUGAAAAUGACAUUAGUGAAGAAUAUGGACAAAACUUAAAAUUACUGCCUUGCAAUGAUCAAGUCAAGGAGUUACAAACAAUUUUACGUGAUAAAAAUACUUCAAGAAGUGAUUUUAAAUUCUACGCAGACAGAUUGAUUAGGUUAGUAAUCGAAGAAAGUUUAAAUCAAUUACCUUUUUCGAAAUGUGUAAUAACCACACCAACUGGUGCUAAAUAUAAAGGACUGAAAUACCAAAAAGGAAAUUGUGGUGUUUCUAUAGUGAGAAGUGGUGAAGCAAUGGAACAGGGUCUUCGUGAUUGUUGCCGCAGUAUAAGGAUUGGUAAAAUAUUAGUUGAAAGCGACAUGGAUACACACGAAGCGAGAGUAGUGUAUGCCAAAUUUCCAGACGAUAUUUCUGACAGAAAAGUCUUGCUAAUGUAUCCUAUUAUGAGUACUGGUAAUACUGUGAUAAAAGCCAUAGCUGUCUUAAAAGAACACAAUGUGAAAGAAGACAACAUAAUACUUUCCAAUUUGUUUUGCACGCCCUUUGCUGCAAAAAGUCUUGUUACUGCAUUUCCACAGAUGAAGAUACUUACAUCGGAAAUUCAUUACAUAGCACCAAACCAUUUCGGACAAAAGUAUUUUGGUACAGACUAAUUGAAUUUAGCAAAUAUUUUAUUGCUAACAACAAAAAUGAAAUAAACUAAGUAAAAUCAAUGAAUCUUCUAAGAGUAUUGAAAAACUAACAGUAAAAUAUAAUACACAAAAUGGAAAUUUUACAAAAUUCAAUAUACUGUAUUUUUUGUGUAUGCUGUUAAUUGUAGUUAAUUAUUUAUUUUUAUGAAAUUGUAACCUUUUAUAUAGAUGUAAAUUGUUGAGAGAUUAAAAGAGAGUAAAAGGGC